AGAGAGAGAGAGAGAGAGAGGGAGGGAGAGUGUGUGACCAAAAACGAUUUCUCUCCCACAUGCACAGAGAGACAGAUCUCGCUCUCCUGCAGUAGAGUGCUGGUGGCUCUUCUGGAUUCUCUGUUUACUCUCUUCCACUGGGAGAAAGGUUAUCUGCAACAGAAGACUGGUGCAUCUGGUGGGUGUUCCUCGGAAAUUCAGACACCAUGUGAGCAGUGGUCCGUGACAACAUUAGAGGGGCAGAAUGCUUCUUCUGCGUGGGACUCUUGUGGUCUUCUCUCUCUUCAGCUCAGUCAGUGGGUUUUUCAGCGAGUAUGGGCCAAAACCAACGACCCAGACCAAGGCAGGCUCCAAAGGAUGGGGCAUGCCCAACUUUGAAACACUGAAAUCUAACAUUCCAUUGUUUGGUUUGGGAUCACGGCUUUUAUUCGGUGGUACUAAAGGGUCUGCUACGACAAAGGUGAGCACAACUUUCCCAGAAGCAACCACACAAGACUAUAUUCUGUCUUCGAAGGACUUGAGCCCAAAAUACCAGCCGACCACAACCUCCUUUGAGGAACUUCAAAGCAGCACUGUCCAGAUAGGCACCUUGUUGCCUUUGAAAUCCGCUAAACUGCCAAUAAUUGACUUACUCAGGAACAAACCACAAAUAGAUAGACCAGAACCUCCUAAACUUGAUCAAAACUAUGAUCUUGAUCGCUGGCCCUCCAAUAAUGGCCAAAUCACAGCGAAAACCCCACAAACGAUGAUAUCUAAACCAGUAACACAAACAUACACUGUAUCCACGGCUCAGAGAACCAGCUCCACGCACACUACAACAUUGAAACCGAUUACGGAAACCAUGAAACCUUACAGUGACCAAACUGUACCCACAGACACUCCGUCAACAACGUCAGAACUAAGGACACAAGCAUACACUGUAUCCACUGCUCAGAAUACCAGCAUCAUGCAAACUAUAGCACUGAAACUGAUGACAGAAACCAUGAACACUUACAGUGGCCAAACUGUACCCAUAGACACUCAGGCAACAAUAUCACAACUAAUGAUACCUUCAUUUCAAACCACACAUUUCCUCACACCAGCAGAACCAGAAGCAUCUACCCAACCUUUGACCACAGUUAACACUGGACAAAACACAUUGAGGACAACAAAUAUGGCCUCGAAACCAGAAUGGACACCUUUUAAAACCACUGACAAGGCUCUGGAUGGAUUUACGUGGGUAGAGCAGACCACACGCCAAUCAGAAGGGGGAAGAGUGCAAAGUGUUGGCCCAGAUCCUACUCCCUCCCUGCCAACAGGAGCAGGCUUUCCAUGGGAGGAAGGCGAUAAGGAAACGGGGAAGAGUGCUGAUCUGACAACACAAGAGCGACACGAUGAACUGACAACAUCAGCUAGCAUGACGACUCUCAGGAACACAGAAAUGGACACUGCUACAUCUGAAGACUGGCUGACAGAUCUUACCCAAGAAUCUGCACUCCCUGACUGUAAUGCAGAACGCUCUGGAAUCUGCAGUUCUAGUGACACUUGGCCCACCACCACUUUCCUGAGCAACAGCAGCAAAAAUGACAGCACAACCACCCUCUCCACCAACCUCUCUCAAAAUCCCAACCCAUUUCCAGCCCCACCUAUGUUUGUGGCACUCUAUUCUGAUUGGAACAGUGCCCUGGCGACAUGGGGUUCAGCGUGGGAAGCACACAUCUAUGGCCUGGGCACUGUGUUCUGUUUAGUCGCUUUGGCCUCCACCCUGAACCUCCUCUGCCUUCCCCUACAGUACCCAUCAGGCUGUGGCUACUUCGCUCUGGUUAGUCUCUGCCUGGUGGCCGCUGGCUGCACUAGGGCCUUCGCCCUAGUGUACGAUGCAUAUGGAUACCAGGACCGCAUGGCAUCUACAGAGGCUUCACUGUUACUUUACGAGGCACCAUUUCCAUGCAUGACUGCCGCCUUUGGCCUAGUAUUCUUGCUCCUGUCAAUGCGCUCUCGUAUGCAGCUGUCCUAUUCCGCCUUUCAGAGACCUUGUUUCCUGGCUUGCUUGGUGCUUCUGCACUUUGCUGCUGCCUUUGGCCCUGUUGCAUUACUCCAUUUUGACCAGCAAGUCUACCUGUUUCUGUCCUUGAUUUCUAGAGGUGCCUUUGUGGCUCUGGCAACUUUCCUAUCAGCUGCAUAUUUUGUGUUCUACUGCUACGUUCGUGCUGACUCCAAACAUAUUUAUCAUCUAAACAACACAUCACCAACACCAGCCGAACGCUACAACCGUUGCCCGUUUGCCGAGAGCCGAGACUGGGACCGGGCAGCAGCCGCAGUGUUACUCUGUGCUGUCUUCUCUCUGGCUUGUGCAGGGCUGCAACUCUACGCCAUGCUGCACGCUCUCGGAAUUGCUGGAAGCGCUGAGUCCUUUCGGCCUUGGCCGUGGUGGACUUUCCAGUUCAGUUGCCGAGUUUGUGAAGCAGUUAUCUGCCUCACACUGGUCCUGGUAGUUGCUCAGCCAGUUUACUGUUCUGAUCACCUUCCCCAGCCAGGAAGUUGCUGGACAGAACUCCUUGCAGCAAAGUCACCUAUCAUUCCUGGGAGCUACCAGUGGACUCUGUCUCAUCAGGAGAAGCUGGCCAUUUGUGAUCCAAUUGGACAUGGAGAGACAGAGUGUCUACCCUUGUACACACUGGUGGAUGACCGUCUCAGCAGCUUGAAUGGCCUUGACCUUUUAUACCACAGCAACCGGGCUUUGGCCUAUCGUGACCUUGACCUGGACUUGCCCAACACUCAACCCAACACUGGUGCCCCUUCUGUGGGUUCAUCCUGUACCAGCGACUCCACAGCGGACCUGCGCCCUCCUUCGCCCAUAAAUCUGCGUCGAAGCAUUGAUGAAGCACUGUUUAGUGAAUCUCUAUUUCCCAUGAGUCUCUUCAGCCCCUUACGACCCUUCACCUCUAGUGACCGCUCGCUGAAUGGUAGAGAGAUCAACUCCAGCGGUGCCCAAACCUUGAGAGACAACCUUACUCCUGAUCCAGGCCUAUACCGAACAUCUUCAUGUGUGGAAGUGCUACCCCAAGUUCCCCUUGCUUCUCAAGCCCAACCAGAUGGUCCGUCAUUAGGUUUUCCUCCAUCCCCAUCUCCCUCACUGUCAUCUUCAACUUGCUGCUCAUCUCCAGAGCGCUGGAGAGGCAGCUCCAGCUCCUGUUCUCUCUACAGACAGUCUCUGGGUGGCUCUUCUUUGAUUUUGUGCUCUAGUCCAGAAGGACACCAUCCACCACCCUCUACCAUCAGUGGGGGUUCCAGCCACACUGCCAGCUCUGGCCACCAAAGGGGAAACUUACAGAGACCCUACAGAACAUUAAAGUCAGAGGAGAGUAUGGACCAGCAGUCAGAGUUUGACCAAUCUGUCCAAGAAGAAUUUAUCAGUGUGUGCAGACAGAUUGAUGCUCUGAGCAUCUGCAGUGAGACUAUUGACCUCUAGGGGCAGACCUCUACUUUCAGAUAAAACAAAA